CACACAGAGGUAGACAAAAUGUGUAAAAAAAAUACACACGCAUGUAUGAUUGGUAAACCACAUGGUUGUGUGGACAUUAUAUAUAUCAAAUGCGUGCACACUUUACAAUUUUUUAACGUGUUCGUCAAAGCAAUUAAUGAAUAAAGUUCAAAUGCGUGUAGGCGUGUCAACUGUUUGACGUGCAUUCAUUGUUUUUGACGUGAAUGUUGUGUAUUAUUCUCAGAUGUUCGAAAUUUUUUUCAUCGAAAUAAAAAAAAAUGAAUUUUGGUUUAAAUUUUCUUAAAAAUUUGAUUACAAACCCCGCGAAUCAUCAAUUGAUUACAUCAACAUUAUGUAAUAAUAAUAAUCAGAUUGCUAGUCCAUUACGUACCAUUGUACGUUUCUAUGAACGUCGAAGAUUUAUACGACGAUAUGGUUAUCGACCACAUUAUCAUUCGAAAGGUUUAUUACCUCGAAUUCCUGGUGAACCAUUUCCUAUAAGUGUAAUUCCGAAUGAGAAAAAGCCAGAUCCGUGGCGACGAGAUGCAGCACUAUUUGGUCAAAAUGAUUAUAUCGAUAUACUUGGCGAUGGAAAAAUCAAUCCAACCGAUACAAUGUCUUCGAUACCAAGUUGGUUACGUCGAUUUCGUGGCAAUGAAAUGCAAAUGUUAAUUCGUCGUCGUAAAGCUAAAGCUCAUUGGCAAUGGUUUAGACCACAAAAAUGGAUCGAUCUAAACAAACGUAUCGAUUUUCUUUACAAACGGCUCAAUUAUAAAAGACAACCACGUCCACCAGAAUAUUAAUUGAUGAUAAUUUUUUUAUUUGAAUUAUUAAUCAUUGAAAAAAUUUGAAUAUUUUGUAAUCGAAAAAGAGAAAAAUUAAAUAUUUCUUAUUAUUAUUGUUUAGCAUAUGCGGCUACUACACGUGCCACAUUAUCAAA